UUUGAGUUCACAGGGAUUGAGCUCGGACGUGUCAGGAGUACAGACAACUGAAAGGACACUACUGAUAUACAAGACUCUCUUUCAGUCUUCCCUCUCAAGGAUAAAUUCGCCGUGAUAAAAGUUUGACUACAGGCGUUUGGAUAAUUUUCGGAGUCGUGCUGGAUCCGGAUCUGCUCAUGUGAGUUUUCUUCCAUUAUGGAGCCCUGGCCUCUCAUGGCCUGGGGUUUGAUGCUGACCGCCAUUACCGGCUGGAUCAAAGCCGUUCAAUCACGAGACUUCACCGAAAAAGACAUCAUUUUCCUACAUCCUUCAACAACUCCAUAUCCAGGAGGAUUUAAAUGUUUUACCUGUGAAGAUGCACCUGACAACUAUGAAUGCAACCGCUGGGCUCCAGAUCUCUACUGUCCACGAGAAAGCAGAUAUUGCUACACACAGCAUAAGAUGAGCUGGGAUGGAACCACAGUGUCAGUGACGAAGCGUUGUGUGCCGCUGGAGGACUGUCUCCAAACAGGCUGCUCUGACAUUGACCAUGAAGGAAACAGGGUUUGUACAGCCUGUUGUGAGGGGAACAUCUGUAACCUGCCUCUCCCACGAAACGAGACUGAUGCCAUCUUUUCCACCACAUCACCCAUUAACAGGAGCUCACAAUCCACACAGACUCUCCCACUGCUGCUGCUUUCUGUCUCCAUCACCAGCCUGAUGCUCCACAGUAUUAACUGAGAGAGAAAGUAACCUUUAGGAAACCUUUGACAUGUGCCAGUCAGCUGUGGGCUUCACCUUCCUCAAAAUGAAGUGUUAGUCGUGGGACUUUUAUUAUGAAUUCUAUACUAAUGAAAAAAAACAAACAUUUUCCCUCAAACUGAGUGGACUUUGAGAGAAUAAGGGGAUAUUUAUGGCAAAACUGACACAAUCCUGCACAUUUGUUGUUGUUGUUGUUGUUGUCUUGAAUUAAUGUGAGUUGUUUUAUACAUUUGUAUAGAUAUAUUUAUUUUUUUAUCAUCCAUUUUUGUAGGAAGCUGCGCGUGUCGUUGGCUGUAGGUAUGAACAUAAUUUUAGGUGAAUUUUCCAACCUCUCACUGUCAUCACGGAAAAGGGCUUGACACCUCGGAAUCAAGUUCAGCAUAUCACCCAUCCCGCAAUGGAGAAAGAGCUUCCUCACUCCUAAAAAGAGUGUUCUGUUUUAGGUUUUGCACUGUGUAUUUGUGUCAUAAUGUAUUGGUGAAGCACUUGUGUACAGUCGUAGUGAUCCGCAUUAAACGUCCAUAUAUAUUUAGCCUGCAGCGAAGGGCUUUGUUAUUAUUAAAAAUAUAUGUAUGUUCCUACACAUUUGUCAGUGUAUUGUUGUGUAAUGUAAUAUUUCCUAAUCUUGAUUCCUGGCUGACUGUGCAAUCAGCAAAAAGUGGUGAGUCUGCAGUGACAGUGUUAUUUCUUCCAGGCUUUAUGAUUAUUUUAGGCAGUCUGCCCGGCUGUAAAUGAAGCUGUUUCCUGUUUCUCCUCUGUCUUUUGUCGAGUUGUGAAAAGUAUUGUAACGUUCACAUCUGUUUGUUCACUUCAGUGCAAUCUGAAGGGAAUGGUGAUAAUAGCUAAAGGGCUCGAAACAUUUACUCAGGUGACUGUGGACCAGUUAGUGCCAGUUGAUUAUCAUAAAAACUUCUUUUAACUGAGUAGACCAGAAAAAAACCCAAUCUGAGGGUUAAAGAGAUAGUUCACCCAAAAUUUGCUGUCCAUCAGGCCAUCUAAGAUGUACAUUAGGUGUCUUUUUUUCUUCAAUAGAACAUUAAAGAUGAUAUUUGAACUGAAGUCCUGAUCUUGGUGAUUCGUAAAAUCUGUCA